AUGUUCGAUAAUCGCGUUGCGGAGCUGUCCAACAACAAAGCUGCUAUGAUGGGACCUACCUGGGAUUGCAAGACACCAACGGGCAUCAGCGACUACGACCUCAGACCUGAGAUGAAAACCAUCCCUUCAGCAGGCAGCAGACCUACAGAAGCACUCUCUGCAGUCGUCAGAAGCCAGUUGAUGGACUUCAUCAGACACAGUCAAUUUCAUCUCGAGUUCACCAGGGUGGUCGGCAACAAUGAUCGAAGCUCCGCCUCACUCAGCAAGGCCGUGGACCUCGAGACGUUUGAGAAAGGCUUGGAAGACCAAUUCUUCAAGCUAUGCUCAGACGAUAAUCCGUUGCAAGUGAUGGCAAUCAACAUGAUCCGAGGCUACCUCGCGAAGUGUCAUCUGCUCCAGCAGAGAUCGAAGGAAGUCAAGGCAACAGUCAAGCAGGCGGAACCGAAGCGAAACCUCGUCAUCACAUAUGCCAUGAAAAUGCUAGAGUGCGACACAAAGCUGAUGACCUUGCCCCUCACAAGAGGCUACACCUGGCCAGCACAGGAUUACUUCCCUUUCCGGUGA